GGGGCAGAGCGAGCACGGCGGGUCCCAGCUCCGCAGACUACAGCAGUUCAUGUGAGAGCAGCUCGGGCACACCUGGUUGGACCGUGAAGAGCAGUUCAGCGACCGAGACAGCUCCACUCAGCUCCCGAGUUAAUCACUUGAGGAAUGUGGUGCAAUUAGGACGGCGACCGAGAGCUGAAAAUUCAUAUCAACUUCAACUUUUUAGUUACUUUUUCCUCCCUUCGACUUUGAACUUAUCAGAAAAAAGGGAUCAUGGCCACAGGCGGAUUCAAGUCAAGCGCCGCGACGGACUUUUUGGAGGAGUGGAAGGCAAAACGGGAGAAAAUGAGAGCCAAAAUGCUGGGGGACAUUGCAGCAGCCACUGGUACUCCCUUGGGUGCCAGCAAUACAAACAGCAGCCGCAACGCCGUUCCUCCUCCAUCUCCUCCUCCUCUUCCUUCGGCCACCGAGUUCACCAACAACGGCAACCCGGACCGAAGCUCCUCCGCUGGGAACUGCCACCCCUCCUCCUACGCGGUUGAUCGGUCCUCCUCUGGCACUUCUCUAAAGAGGCCCGAGGAGGAAAUGCACCACCCCGUGACACCCUCAGCCACGCCGGGAAGCAACCUGAAGAAGGCCCUGCCUCAGCCGGAGAAGACUCAGGACUCUACUCCCAUGGCUUGCAACGACAGUGACAAGGAAAGCCCGUCACCCAGCAGCAAGGGCAAGGAGAAGAAGAGCACCGGGCCCAGCGCCAGGAAGGGGAAAGGACAGAUCGAGAAGAGGAAGUUAAGGGAAAAGAGGAGAUCCACAGGUGUCGUGAACAUACCAUCCAAUGAGAGCCUGGAUGAGCUGGAUGAUGAUGAUGGCGGAGAGAAGGACAGGAGGGAGGAGGAGGAGCUGGUUCAGGCCAACACGUUUCAGAAUGAGUCGAUGACAGCUGACCCUGCCACUGGCUACUUACUGGAGACUCCAAGAUCUGGAAGCGGCCGCUACAAGAGCUUUCCACAAAUGGGGUUGGAGGAGGACACAGGCGGGAACAGCCAACAGCGACACAACCGCCACGGCCGAGAUGGAGGAGCUUCAGCACCUGGAAGUCUGGAGAAAAGGAUAGAAGACCUGGAGAGGGAGCUGGCCAGAGAGCGUCAGGAGAACGCCAGGUUGCUGAAAGCCUACCAGGACAAAGAUGAUCUCAUUGGGAAGCUGAAGGAGGAAAUCGACUUGCUGAACCAAGACCUGGAUGACAUCGAAGAUGAGAACGAGCAACUCAAACAAGAGAACAAGACUCUGCUGAAAGUGGUAGGCCAGCUGACGAGGUAGAACCAGAUCCGGCACAACAACCCAGCAACUCUGUCGUCUCCCCUCUCCAAACCAGCCUCCUGCUCUGGGUCAAGUCCAGCAGGGUCACCUUUUAUGUGUUUGAAUCUGUGUUUUUUGUCUGUUAGAGUGAGACUGUAAAUCAGCUGUCAUCUGAGGCGCACAGCCUUAAAAUGCAUCCCUCCUAUCUGAGGAGGAUUAUUCCAAUUGUUGUGAAAGCUGAACUGAGUGGUGGGGAUUUUUGGUUAUCCUAUACAUAUUAUAUGUAAAUGUAUUGUAUAUAGGCCAUUUAGAUUGUUAAUUUUUUUUUGAUUUCUGAUAAGGUCUUUAAAAAAAAAAAGAUGCUAUAAUACAUUGAAUGUAUGUGCUACAAAAACAAGCGCACACAAAGUCUUUUCAAACUUUUCAAACAUCUCCACAAACUACACCCAACACUCACACAGGUAAACUGAAAAAGAUUUCCAUUGUUGCAAUGUUUGAAUUGUGUCUGAAGCCAGUGCAGUGCUGCUGUUUAGGACCAAAUCCAAUAUAAUUAUUGCUACAGUAUCAGCAGCCAAAGUGGGCAUAGUGCCUUGCAAUGCAUGUGAGAUUUUUUUUUUUUUUUAAAUGGUUAAAGCCUGGUGCUUUAUUAAUGGACCAGAUUUACUUUCUUCCAAUAACUUUUUGGUACAUCUUUAUCCCACAAGGGCUAAUCUGGAAAAAAAAAAAAACAUUUUAAAUAUAUCCCAUUUAAACAAUCAGUUUAAAAAUAAUAUCAAUAAAAUGCUUUACUCAUUUCAAUGUCGACAUCUUGAGUAUUAUAGCUGACACUUCGGAAACGUCUUUGGGUAAAAUCCUUGUCUAUCAUAUAUGUGGAUUCAUUUUCUUAAAAGAUAUUUUGCUCUUGUUUACAAGUUCAGCCUUUGUGUUAUUUAAUAGAUGUUUAGUACGGAGUGUUCUGGACCUUUAAUAUGCAGUUUAAACAGAAUUAAUUGGCAGUUUGAAAAUUGUGAGAGCAAAACUGAAGACACUGUGCUUAAAAUGUUUUCUUGCAAGAAAAACAUCUUUGUAAAUCCAACGUUUUUGGAAAUCUAAAAGUUGUUUAUGAAUUCAAAAGGUUUGCUUAUUCAAAAGUUUCAUAGCAAAGAUGCUACAUCUGACCUGUUCCAUGUAGACUGCUGUUUUAUAAUGAGCUGUAUGAAUUGGCAGCAAUUGAUAUUGAAUGCUAUGAUUGAAGUACUGAAGUUGGGACGAUACAAAUGUUCACUGAUUUUCUAUUUUUUGGAAAACAGAGUAUGAGUGCUCUUUACCAGGGAUGUUCCCGGCAUCUAAUUUUACUCGUCACUUAAAUAUGAGGGGGGAAAAAUCAGAAUAAUAAAGUAUUUGAAGAUGCAUUUGAAAAUCUUUAUAUUCUUCAGCAAUCUGACUAUAUUUUAAAAAUGUGCUAAAUGUAACACUUUCUGGCUUGACUUCAACAUAUUAGAUCAGUUAGCUAAGUGUGGUUAAAGCUAGCACCAGCAAUCGUUUCUCCUUUAAAGUCCACAAACCUGUCUAAAUGAAUAUAGCCAUGUAAUGUUCUGGCUAUGUAUCACUUUCAUCUGAUAGAGUGGAUGUAAAACCAUUAAUUUUCUAGGUCCAAGUACUGCGUGAUUAAUGCAGUGAGAUCGAGAUCUUAUUUUCCACCUUACUCUUUACUUCCUGUCACAGAGAGGGUUGCUGCUAUAGGUGAAUGCUGACGGGGUGUGUAACCUUUUUAGACGCAACGAUUGGCUGGCACUGUACAUUAAUAAAAUGUGGGGGGAAAAAUAGGCUCUCUCAUAUAUUUUGGUUGCCACUUAGCAGGGCAGCAUUAUUUAGGCCCCAGUCACACAGGCCUAGAGACCAGUCGAUAAACGGCUAGUAACUAGGGAAAAAUUGGUAUUUCCUGACUGGUUGGCAAGUGGUUGUGGGAGGUUGCCUGUUAGGUCUCUUGGUGAAAUUUGUCACAAGAAAUUAUGUUGCUGCACUAAAAAAAAACCUUGCAAUUGCUUCGGUCGCUAGCAGAAUUCUGUAGUUCCCUGUAGUUUGCUUGGAAGAGGAGUUAUCUGCAAAUAUUUGCUAGCUACUCGCAAAGCGGUUGUGAAACAAACCGGAAAUGGAGACCAUUUGCCUUAAAAGAAAAGUUAAGCCUUUUGAAACAUGUCGAUUUCGGCAAUAAGGCACAACUUUUACUUUGAAAGUGUCUUACAUAUUUCUUUGUAGCUCCGACCCAUGAGAUUCAGGUCAACGGUAAGCAAAGCUUCUGCUUUUGUAAACAGCACAUUUGGAAUAAUAUUUUAAAUGAUAAAUUUUACUUGCACCUAAACUAUUUUUAGGUCUAAUAUCUACAGUUUCUUUAUUGUAAACCUGCUGUUUAAUGACACAGAAGUAACCCCAUAUUUUACUUCCGUUUUUCUGCCUUCUAGAAUGCAUGGAGUGAGUUAGUGCAUUUUUUUUGUAUGAUAACCAAAUGAACUGAAGGAGCAUACUGUUUGAAAUGCAUCUCUUUUGUUUACUCAAGGGAACAGGCUUUGAUGGUAGCAGAAUUUUACUUUCUUAUUUUAUUUAGCCGCUCCUCUCCCAGCCAGGAGGUGCACGGUGAUCUCAUGCGCUGUGGCAAAUGAUCUUUAGGCUCACUGCUUCCACAUACAUUCACAUGUUUUGGGGUAAAGAUUAUCCCCACGUAGACAGACACCACAGACCCAUCUCUCUUUCCACUGCAUUAUGCAUGUACAGAAGAUUAAGUCAUUUAAUAAAAGUUUGAUUAUCUCUCUCCUCA